AUGAGUACUUCAGCAGAGAAAACUGACCAUUUGUCACCACCAACAUCACCACGCCAACGUCAUCGGUCCUCAUCAGUAGGUAGAAUAUCAGUUGGAGAUACUUCACCUUCAUUGUCAACCAUGGAUACCACGAGGGCAUCCAGAAGAAGAUCUAGCGCCAGAAUUGCCGAAUUGAAACGCGAAACCAAAUCAGAUUGGGGUAUUGCCAAACAUCUUUUGAUUGGAUUUAGAGAGUUGUGUUAUAGACAAACUUGGAUUUUACCCUUUUUGGUUUUAGUAGCUGCGUUUGGAACAUUCUUUCUUUCUAAUCUCAAUGGUAAGAUUCAUCAAGUCUUGGAAGAUAUGAUUGUACCAUCAUAUCACAUCCCAGGAACUGAUCAAUAUGGGAAAGGUGCUAACGAUUUCAAAUUUGUUGGAUUUUAUGCUAUUUUUUUUACCUUUUUGAGAGAGUUUAUGAUGUGUUGUGUAUUAAGACCAAUUAGUAUUUAUCUUGGUGUGACGAAGGAAGCUAAACAAAAGAGAUUUUUGGAACAAACUUAUGCCAUGUUUUACUAUGGUUUAAGUGGUCCUUUGGGGUUGUGGAUAAUGUCUAGAACGCCAUUAUGGUUUUUUGAAACUACGCCAAUGUAUCUUGAGUAUCCACACAAGACCCAUGAAAUUUACUUUAAGGUGUUUUAUUUGGGACAAGCAGCAUUUUGGGUUCAACAAUCAGUUAUUCUUGUAUUACAAUUGGAAAAACCAAGAAAGGAUUUUUUUGAAUUGGUGUUGCACCAUAUUAUCACCAUUGCGUUGAUUUGGUGUUCAUACAGAUUUCAUUUUACUUGGAUUGGUAUCGAAGUGUUUAUCACCAUGGAUGUGUCUGAUUUCUGGUUGGCUUUGUCGAAAACAUUAAACUAUUUAGAUUCAAAGUUGACUGGCCCGUUCUUUGUAUGGUUCAUUGCUGUUUGGGUUUAUUUGAGACACUACAUCAAUUUGAAGAUAUUGUGGUCAGUUUUAACCGAAUUCAAAACCGUUGGUGAAUGGGAAUUGAACUGGGAAACUCAACAAUACAAGUGUUACAUUUCGCAACCAAUUACAUUCUUUUUAAUUUUUGCCUUACAGUUGGUUAACAUUUACUGGUUGUUUUUGAUUUUGAGAAUUUUGGCAAGAUACAUCUUUUCUGGUGAACAAAAGGACGAGAGAAGUGAAGAUGAGGAUGAAGAAGAAGAAGACACCAGCAAUAGCGAGGAAGAAAAGAAGGAACAGUAG